ACUGCCUUGCCUCUUGGUUUAAUAGUCGCUUUCUUCCUAGGCCAGAAGGCACAAUACUUGUAGACUCGUAGGUUUUUAGUGUUUUUGCGGUUAGUUCGCACUGUUUAGUUCCACAGUGACAAUGCGCUUCGGCCUGGGUGUCGGCAUUGCCUCCCUCGUGGUUGGUGCUGCUGCAGUCUCCUUACUUAUCGCAGCGAGCAUACCGUCGUCUACUGCAAAUGAAACGGCGCUUCUCAUGACCUACUCGAUGUCCUCGGCCCUAUCCGCUGACCGCGAGUCUGACAUUGACGAGACCGACGAGGACAACUAUGAAGAAGGCGAACAUGAAGUGGAGAUUCCCUUCCACCCUAACACCAUGUCCAUCCUUCCAUCGCCAUCCCGUUUGUACCACGUCGAAAGCCUACUGCCUCUCGGGCCAGUAGUCGAACACACUGGUUAUGAGCAGGUCAAUAAAAACCCCGGCUACUGUGGGAGCGGUCUACACAACCGGUUCAGCGUCAGCAGCAUCGACUCUUGCAGUUCCCAUGACGACACCGUGCACUGUUGGCUGACCAUCGCGGUCGGCAAGCGCGACUCGGCAUCAGGGCAACCCUGCCAAGCUGAGGAUGAAGGAAAGCAGCCUCGACAGCUUGACGCCAGGCUUUGCGGUGAGGACCAAUCGCCUGUCCCGGAGCAAGCCAAGGUCCAAGCUUGCGCGGAGCUACAUGGGGAUUGCGUCGUUACCAUUCGCCAUGACCUAGUCCACGACGAGAAGACCCGCGGGCCCUUUGCACUUAUUCCCCAAUCCCUGGCUGACGACCUGCCUGUGCCAAUGGAGCGGGUCGUGGAGCAGAGUACGGUACAAGCCGUCGAGUUUGUGCCGUACCCGGCAUCCCACUCCGAGCCAAUUUCCCUGGAGCUUCCCCAACCAUUCAACAGCCGCCCCGCCUUGGCCUACCUGUCAUCGCCGCUCCGUUUGCUGCCGGCUGCUCCUCAGGACGACUCCUCACCCGCCCCAAAGAGCCAGCCUCGGCCCUCAGUCUCGGCGUGUUCUUCAUCCCCCCUUGUGGACCUCCUGCCGUCUUCACAGCUGGAGAUGUCGUCACGUCUGGCAGUUGGCGACCGAGCGGAGGAUCAGUCCCCUGUGGCCAUGGCGGCUUGCGAACACCAACUGCCCCAAGCCCUGCCCCCAUUCCAGCUCGAGUCCAGCGCCUUCACAGCGCCCCUCCCUUGGAAGCCUGAAGCCGUCCAGGACAACGGCCUGUCGCGUACUGCCAGUUGUCAGCUGGGACAGCUACAGGAGGCGGCUUCGACCUCCCAGGCCCUUGAAGCAGCCUGGCUGACCCAUGGGCCGUCGUCAUUUCAGGCGUCGGCCCUCCAGCAGCCGCUGCCGCAGCUUCUGGACGAGGCUCCACCACCCCUGGCCUCGGUUGAAACUGACGCUGAGGUCGACGUUGAGGCCGCGGUUGAGGGGACGGUUGCGGUUGGGUUUCAGGUGGAGUCUCAGCAGCAGGAGGAUAGCCCUAUGGCAGCCGAUCAGAGACGUUUCUCCAUCGCCUACGACCCCCGGGGUAUCGAGUCCUGCAUGCUGAUCACGCGUCUAGCAGGGAGCGGUAACUCCUGCAGCAGCAACAGCGGCAGCGAUGAUCCCCGUUUUGACGUGGACCUGGUCCGUGUUGUGUUCCGCGACGGUUCCGCUCAGCUGGCGGUUCGCAAGACCCUGUGGCUGUGUGGGGACGACUCGCGGGGGCAGGCGGUAAUGGAGGCGGAGGCGAGGGGGCUGCUGGCCUCUUGCGGCAGUCCCUUCCUGGUCGGCUGCCUGGGCGGUCGCGAGCUGCCGGACCGCUGGGAGCUGCUGACGGACUUCGCGGAGGGGGGCAGCCUGGAGCAGGAAAUGGACACUGCCACCUCUGCCCUGCUGCACACCGCCUCCUCCUCCUCCUCCUCCUCCUGCUCCCCCGCCGCUGGACCCCUGCUGCCCCUGAGCCGCCUCCGCUGCGUGGCCGCCUCUGCGCUGCUCGCGCUGACCCACCUGCACUCCCGCGGCGUGCCUCACCUGCACGUGCGCCCGGCCAACAUGCUGAUCAGCGCCGAGGGGAGGGUCAGGCUGGCGGGCAACACGGGGGACGCAGCCUCCGCGGCCCCGCACGACUGCUUCUCCGCCCCCGAGCUGCUCCUCUCUUCGCACCCGCCCGCAGCCCUGCUCGCCAAGGCUGACGUGUUCAGCGUGGGGGCGGUGGUGGCCGUGUGCGCGUUUGGCCGCGUGGGGUGCGGCACGGGGUCCCGCUACGCGCAGUGCGUGUGUGAGGUGCCCGAGUGGGCUCCGGAGGCGCUGGUGAGCUUUGUGCGGGCGCUCAUGGCUGCGGACCCCGCCGCCCGACCCACUGCCAGCGAG